AUGGCGGGCUUGUUCAAAGCCAUGCUGGCGGUGCUGGCCCUGUGCAGCGGAGGUGAGAUGAACAGAGAUGACGAUGGACAAUGGUUUGUGCAAUGCCGGGUGUAUUGCAUCUUACUCACUGUUGUCUCUGCAGUAUCACAGUGGUGCCAGCAGUUUCAAUUCACAGGUCGUAGAAACAGUCCAGAGACACCGGAACAGAAACUGCUGCAAGGUUUGCAGAAUUUGUUAAAAGAUACUUUGCAGGCCUCUAGCUCCGGAGCCUCAAACAAAAAAGGCAAGGGUAAGGGCUCCGGCAAAAGUAGUGGUAAAAGCCUACCUUCCAAACAGAGAGAUGCGAACCAUGAUGGCAGCUAUGGGCUGAUUCAAGCCUUGCAAAAGCUAACUGCUCGAGCUGCAAAGAAACCACAAGGGUUGCUCCAAAGGUUGAAAACAUUGGUUCAAGUUACUGAACGUGGUAUGUUACGACCAAACAGGAGAAAGAAAGAUCUGCCGCCGCAUGAGGCGGUCCCGCCAGUGAAACCAAGCACACGAUUCAAAAGUUCAGAGAAUUUGGUAGAUGGUGCUCCUAAGCCAAAAACACGAUGGCAACGCGACAGAUCCUGGAAAGCCCGUGCCCAGGACUGGGGCGUCAAAACUGUUUUGCGUGGCCCCACAGCUCUGUGCAACGCUCUUGACAGUGGGGACACCGGUGCUCUCCUGUGUCAAGUACAAAAUCUGGAUGAUUGGAAUGAAGCCCUCCAAAUUUCUCAUGCUGCUGGUCGCACCAAUGUCACGGUUGUUCUUGAAGCUGCACCUAACAUGUCUCCAGAACUUGGCAAAUUGAGAUAUCAUGGUUGGACAGCCUUGAACACACGUGCAGCUGGUUAUGCCGAUGAUAAAUUGGUCCAGCGCUUGGUUUGGAUUGCGCGGUGCUCGCCAAAUGCACCCACAUUGGUUCCAGGAUCCGUGCUGACAGGCGCCAGGCGGCCUGUUGUCCAGAAACGCGGCCAUGAAGCUGAAAACCUGGUUCGAGGAUUUGCUCGCGUCAAAGGCAAAGACAGGGCCCUGCAGUUGAUUAAAGCGAGCGGCUCAGAACACAAAGGAAAUGUCCAGCCGUUGAAAGCAGAAAAUGAUGAUGAUCGCGGUAACGAAGCUAUGGAUGUUAGUCUGAUUAGCGUCCCAGAUGCAAGUGAUGUUGAGGAUGAGCCCAUGCAUGUCCAGGGCACCAAACGCAAAGACCAGGCCAUGUUGACCAGCCCGCAAAAAACUGGUCAUGACAAAAAGAGGAUGAAAGUGCCCGAGAGGCUUCAAAAAGUUCCGAACCCUGGGGAAGGGAAUUGCUUGUUUUACUGUCUAGCUCAGGCGGAGUCUACCCCAGGUAAGUCCCGCAGCCACAGGCAGGUGCGUGCAUUUGUUGUUGCCUACAUGACCAAACACUUCAAGAAAUACGAGGAUUUCUGGGACGGUUUAAGCCCGAGCAACAUUCCCAUGGAGGGUGGGUUUGACGAUUAUUUACAAGCCCUUGAAAAAGAUAAAGCUUGGGCGGGAUAUUGUGAAAUCGAAGCAUAUGGCGAAGCCAUGCGCCGACCUGUACUUGUUGUGCAUGCCAAGGACAAUGUUGUCCAUGCUUUUAAUAGUCAUGGCGAUAAGGAUGUUGUCUGUCUCUGGUACAAGGAUGAACAUUAUGAGCUUAUUGUUCCUUCAGACGCAGAUAUUCAGGCCCUGUGGCAGAAUGCUGAAGACGGUGGCACCAAGGGUUACCGCGGGGCCGCAAAGAAGGCACGCUUGGCUGCCGACAAUGCCCCAAAAGGGGCCACCAGAGGCGACUCCAUUCUUCGCCUUUGCAAGAGAGCAAGCGUGUCAUCUGAUGUACCUCACAGAAGCAUUUUGCCUUGGAAGCUGAAGCAUCGCCAGAUGUAUGUGCAACUCAACAAGUUUGCCAAGGAGCAAGGUCCUUGUGGCGGGCGGACUGCUCGUGCCGAGUGGUUAGCCAUGCCUGGUCGCCAAAAAUGCUGGCGUCAGGCUCCCAAAGAGCGCCAAGAGGCGCUGCACAAGGCUUGGCGUUUGAGUGCUACCGAGCGUAGGCAGAUACCUGCACUUUGGGUAGGUGAUUGGAACGAAACUCCUGAUGACAACGCCGCAUCCAUUUUCUUGAAUGGCAGUGUUCUGGCUGUCACGGAUCCUGAUCAAUGGGAUCCCGACCAAGAUUGGGCAUAUUUUCACCAGUUUGCUGAAAAGAGCAUGCGUGAAGCAUUGCACUUGUGUGGCCAGCCCGUGCCUAGGCCGCUCUCAGAGCCUCGGGGUCUGCAGCCGGAUGUGACGGUUGGUUUGGCCAUUGAAAACAUGCAACUGCAAGGGUUGCCAGAUGAGUGGGCUAACAUUUUGAUGUUUGUAUGGGGUCAUCAAGUGCGAUGGCUGUGCUUGGGGAAAGCUGUGCACCCAACGCCGGAGCAUGUCCAGACCUCCAUGCCGCAAGGUGAUGCCUUUGCACCUCUGGCUCUUAUCAUGUUGCUCAUUAGGAUGUCUUUGUACAGGUCCAGAAUCAUUUCACUCGCCACCUGGGGCGCUUGGUUUGAACGAUUGCCGCAGUCACAGUUGCCUUCGCUUCGAAAGGCAUGGCAUGCCAUUUCCUAUCUGCAAGGUAACGCUUCGAGACCUCUUUUCAACUUGCUUGUAGGUCAUAUGUAUCAUGCUGAGUUUUGGGCCACCAUGUCUUCCAUUCGGACCAUGCGCCAAGUUCGUGCCCUUUGGCGAAGGAUGCCACGACCUGGAGGCUGGCAGAGUUUCAUUUGCGCACGCAUGCGAGAGCUGAACUGGGAAUUUCGCGGUCCAUGGAUGUUUGCACAUGAGGAUUUGGGUCAUGUCGAUUUAUCCAAUCCAGAUGAAGCUGUUGUGAAACUCACCGAGCACAAGGUGAGAGAAAGUUGGCGCCGAGUGCAAUUUGCCUUUUGGAAAAAGCAGAACCGCCGUGAUAGGCAUUAUUUGCUUGAUGUGCCGUAUGAGGAAAGUCGUGUUUCCGAUGCCCGCAAGUUGUUCUCUCUCACGUGUGAUAGUCAUCAGAGGGCCGUAAUGCUUGGUUCUGCGCAUUCCACGGCAUGUUAUGAUAAGAUGCGUGGACACGAAGUGAGGGAACAAUGCGCAGGGAAGACCUUCGUAGCUGCGCAGUGUGCACUGGAUAAGCUCAGGAGCAGUCCAGAUGGUAAAAUCUUGUUCGUGGCGCCUUCCAUUGCCCUUGGCCUCUACUUCGUGCGGUGGCUCGCUCAAAGCUCUUCAAACCGCGGGCAGCUUCACAAGUUGUUGUGGCGCAUUGUGUUGAUGGAGCCCCAAAGCCAAGCUUUUUUGAGCUUGCGUAUCAAAGGCGACCGUUUUGACUGGAUUCCGUUGCCCAACAGCAAAAUGAGAUUUCUCUUGACAAUCAUCGAUGAGGCACACGAUUUUUUCUGUACAGAUGGGAACCGCACUUUUCUGGAAGAGAAGAUUGAGGCACCACGACAAGUGUUGCUCUUGUCGAGUGUAUCCCAAAACUCAUCUGGUGCAGUGCAUUUUCCACCAGCAGCGAAGGAGAUCAGCCUAACACAAGUGGUGCGCAGUACGAAAAGGAUAGUGGCUGGUGCAGCUGCUUUUCAGGCAAGCGUUGCAGAGAAAGAGCAGAUUGCUUCCUUAUGCCCAGCUGGGCCUCCCCUGAAGGCUUUCCUCUUCGAGUCUGAUGCACAUGUCUUUGAAGAUUAUGCUAGACACACCAUGAGCGCAUUAUUCUUUGUGAUGUGCAUCUAUGCUGGACUCAGCUUCCACAAUCGCUUGGCCCUUUUGGUGCCCAACCCUCACUUUCUGGAGAAGUUCCGAGAUGCGUUGCAAAGACACUUCUUGACGGCACGCCUUGCAGGGCGAAACUUCAAGCUAAUAUCCUUCACUGAUUCUCUACGCAUCUUGCCAAAUAUCAAGGUGGAGCAGGCCACACAUGCAGACAAUGCAGAGCUGAUAGUGCUGGACACGGUGGAGAAUGCAAAGGGACUGGAGUCACUCAUCGUGGUGUGCAUUGGUCUGGAUCAAAAGGUCGGUGAGCAAAGUGCAAAUCAGGUUGGACGUUCCAUUAUUUAUCAGGCUAUCACUCGGGCGCAGCUUCAGGCAGUGAUUGUGAACCAGCUCCUCCGAGGAGGUUGGCUGGAAUUCUUGGGGGUCACGAAAUUCAAAAGUGAUACCUUCAAUGAAUCCACAGCUAUGGCCGAGACCACCACUGCUGCUGCUGAAGCCUUGACGAAAGUGCAGCUGCCAUCGAAGUUGGCCGUUCAGGCCUCGCAGGAAGCAUUGCCAAGAGAGGAUGCCAGGGUCCAAAGAGAUGCUGAAGAGACGGGUGCUGUUGCACGUUCAAAGCCAAUGUUGGAAGAAGGUCAAGACCCCACAACUGCACCUGAGGCGGGUGACAAGCCCGGUGACAAGUUGGUCGUGGAGAUCAAGGAUUCAUCUGUGUGGGAUGCCGAUGUCAUUGACAUCAAGGAGCCGAUCUCACAGCUGCAGUUUGACCCUCGAUCACCCACGGGAAAAGCUGAGGAAGAGGUAGCAUCCUUGGAGGUGCGGAAGUAUCGUGUCUCACACUGUACACUGUCUUUGAAGUUUUGA